AUGUCGUCCAAGCCCAUUCGCCGGCGCAUGCGAAUGAUCACAUCGUGCCUCGAGUGCCGGCGGCGCAAGCUCAAGUGCGACAAGUCGCAGCCGUGCUCCAACUGCCUCAAGUUCAACCGAGACUGCCACUACCUCGGCCCAAAGCUGGACGAGGCCAGCCAGUUACGCCUGACCGAGAUCAAGGAAAAGGUGGGGUCGCUUGAGAGGCAGCUAGAGCGCGAUGUCGCCAAGACGACAGCGACGUCGCGCGGCAGCUACCAGCAGCGCAUCGUGGCCGACGACAUCGACGGCGAGUUUGACGAUGACCGCGACCUCGAGAUCACGCCCAUGGUGGCGCUCGACCUGACGUACGAGGACGACCUGGACGGCACGGGCGCAACCGACGAUCUCAUCGACCUCGGCAUCCGCGUGGGCAGGAUGCGCAUUACCGAGCGAAUCGGAGGGCUCAACCGGCCUCGUAUUGCCGAGGAGAUCCAAGCCGGGAUUGGUACCCCUCGUACGCCCCGCGCCUUUGCAGCGCCUGCCCCCGGCUACCAGAGGGACGAGGGCAUGUUUGACGCUAGCGGCGGCCCCGAACCCGUGGUGCCCGACUUCCUCCGGCCCGGUGCGGCCUUCAUCCCGCCCACGAGCGGCUUCUUUUUCGGCCAGGUCGUCGAGUCGCACAAUUUCUUGAACUUCCUGCCCCCCAAGAAAGUCGGCGAUAUCCUCUUGGCGCGUUACUAUGAUGCCGUGCAUCUCAUCGCCAGAUGCCUCCACUGGCCUUCGUUUCAGGGGGUGUACCAGUCCUUCUGGGAAGAUGUCGACCGGUACAUUGAGCCGCGCCCUUCGGUCCAGGGCGUCGUCUUCGCUGCCUGGUUCAGUGCCGCCGUGAGCUUCGACGAAGAUCAGCUCAGCAGGGAAUGCGGGCUCAGCAAAGCCCACCUGGUGGCCAACCUGAAGAUUGGCACCGAGACUGCGCUGAGCAAGGCAAACUUUUUGCGGACAACAAAGGUCGAAACCCUGCAGGCUUUCGUCAUGUACAUGCUUCCGCUCUGCCGAGAAGAGGUGUCUAGGGCGCAUUCUGUUCUCGUGGGCGCUGCUGUCAGGAUGUCGGAAUGCAUGGGGCUUCACCGCGACGGCGAGGCAUACGGCCUUAGCCCGCUCGAGACUCACGUCCGGCGGCUCAUCUGGCACCAGCUCUGCUUCCUGGACAUACGGACGUGCGAGGCCCAGGGACCCAAGCCGGCGAUCCGGCGCGAGGACUACGACACCAAGCUGCCGCUCAACUGCGACGAAGACGAGCUGACGGCGCACACGAUGGUGGCUCCGACGCCAGCCGAGCACUGGACGUCGACGCUGUUCUCGCUCAUGCGGUUCGAGAUCAACGAGAUGAUGCGCAACAUCUGGACGGACCGACGCAAGCUCGAGAUGCACAAGACGACGCUAACGGCAGUGCUGACCAAGAUCGAGAAGUUCCGCAAGCGCAUGUUUGAGAAGUACGACCGGUUCCUCAACGACGUGGUUCCGAGCCAGCGGUACGCCAAGCUCGUCAUGCACCUGCUGGUGUACCGCCUGCACGCCAUGGUGCUGCACCCCUACCACGCAAACACCACCAACCCCAUGCCCGACCGCCUCAACGGCGUGCUGGUCACGAGCGGCAUCAUGAUCAUCGAGAUUGCCAUCCAGCUCGAGGCCAACACCCUGUUCCGCGACUGGGCCUGGUACCUGGGCGCCUACCAGCAGUACCAGAUUGCCCUCCUUCUCGCAACCGAAAUCUACUACCGCCCCAACAGCAGCGAGGCCCACCGCAUCUGGCCGUGUCUCGACUACGUCUUCGGCCUCGACCCCAACAUGGCGCGCGACGACAAGAGCCUGCAGAUCCUGACCGAGAUAAUGGGCAAGUCGACCGUCUACAUGGGCAUGCGCAAGAUGCGUGCCCCGACAGCCAUCACAAAGGCCGUCCCGGACAGGCAGGCGGUCAAGGAGUCGCCGCCGCCACAGCCGCAACCGUUGCCGCUGCAUCUUCAACAGCAGCAGCAGCAGCAGCAGCAGCAGUCGAUGGUGAUGCCCAUGUCAAUGCCGAUGCAGGGGCUGAAAACCGAGCCAGGCAUGCCUCCACCGCCGUCGUCCAACAUGGCCAUGGCUGCGGCGAGUGUACACGGUAUGCCCCUUCAAGCGGCGGCGAGCAUGCAGCAGAACUUUGUCUUUGCCGGCGUUUCCAACGGCGAGGUCCUCUGGGGGCUGCCGCCCGGCAGCCCCGAGAAUAGCAGCGACACGGGAAGUGUUGCCGGCGGUCAGUCCCAGCACCACGGCAGCAUUGCCGGCCAGGCAGUCAGCGUCAUGGACAAUAUCGACUGGGUAUGUUGGUUUUUUUCCUUGUUUCUACUAUAUAACGGCCAAAGGCUAAUGACCUCUCUCUUGUGUUUUUCGGUAUCCAGGACGCGUUGCAAAUCUUGUUCCCCACAGACCCAGUCACGGGCGAGCUCUUGUUUAACCACUAUUUCGAUCCGGGCCUUAAUGGCGGCGGGGGCGGCGGCGGGAUGGGCAUGGCCCCGUCAUCGUCGUCCUCCUCUAAAUCUGCUGGCUCAUCUGGGUUUUAGAGAGACGAAGGAAGAUGGAUUGUUACUGGAGCGGCGUUUCGGCUUCUUUGGGCGGGGGUUUUUGUUUUCUUUUUCUUCUCAAGUUGCUGGUGCUUGA